AUGGGCCCUUUUGUAUUACUUUUUGCAGAUGCAGCAUUAGGACUAUGGUAUAUAAAAGCAACCACAGUGUUGGCUCACAGCUCUCAGCUUUCAUCUCAGCAAACUGCCAAAACUGGGAAAGUCUUUGCAAAUGUUUGUAUUGCAGAUCUUUUUUUUUAUGAAGACAAGAGCUUCUGGGGCCACUGCUAUGAAUGUAGCAGUGACUACCUUGACCUGCAGUCCUAUGUGAAACAAUGCAGUUCCAUCUGGGUGGAAAAAGGCAGCUGGAUGAUUCAUGAGAACCCCAACUACUCAGGACACCAGUACUUUUUAAAAAAGGGAGACUAUCCUGACUUCCAGAAGUGGGUGUAUAAUGGAAGCAUACAGAGUAACAUGGUACAUAAUUCCAUUUCCCACAUGAUUCAGCUCUAUGAAAAAGGGGAGCUCCAAGGCCAAAUGUUAGAGCUCACUGAUGAUUGCUCAUCAGUCCCAGGCUACAUCCAUCUCCUUGAGAUCUGCUUCCUCAGUGUUUUAGGUGGCUCUUGGCUCUUGUAUGAAAUGCCCAAAGUCAGGGGCCAACAGAAUUUACUGAAACCUAGGGAAUACAGAAGAGUCCUUGACUGGGGUGUAGUAAAUGCCAAAAUUGUCUCUUUGCAGAGACUGGCUGACUUGCACUGA